UUUGGAAACUGAUCAUCAUCGAUUUUGCUCUUGAUUAGACAAGUAGCAAUUUAGAAAUAAAUAGAAAAAAAACUAAAUCGAUAUUGAUAAUUAGUCCAAAAGAAAUUAAAAUGAAAGUUUUCGUUGUAACUUGUGUCCUCUCUUACGCUUUCAUGGCCUCAGCUUCCCCACUCUUCUGUGGUGGUGGUGGAUCAGGUGGUGGUCUUCUUGGUGGUGUUCUAGGUGGUGGUGGAUCAGGUGGUCUCCUCGGUGGUAUUACCGGUGGAGGUGGAGCCGGUGGUCUUCUCGGUGGUAUUACUGGUGGUGGAUCAGGAGGAGGUCUUCUUGAUGGUGCUAUUGGUGGUAUUACAAGUAAAAUUGGUGGUAUUACUGGUGGUCUUACUGGUGGUGCUGGUGGAUCAGGUGGUCUCCUCAAUGGACUCGGUGGACUUACUGGUGGUCUUAUUGGUGGUAAUGGUGGAUCAGGAGGUCUUGGACUCGAUGGUAUCACUAGUACCGUUCGAGGUGCUAUGGGAUCUGUAGGUGGUUUAGUUGGAUCUAAGCUUAACUCUGCUUCUCAAUUCGCCUCUUCUGCUGCUUCAAAUGCUGCAAGUUCAUUCCAAAACUAUGGUAAUGGUGCUCUUUCAGCCGCUUCAAAUGCUGCCUCUUCACUCCAAGGAACUGCUUCUGGUGCCUUCAACUCUGCUGCUAGUGCCGCUUCUAACGCUGCUUCAUCUGUCCGUGGUAUGUCAUCAGGCGUUUCUAACACCGUUUCUGGUCUCACUUCUUCAUUGAAUCAACAACGAUCUUCACAAGAACAAGCCCGAGCUUAUGCUGAAUCCCAAGCCCGAGCCCGAUCUGAAUCCCAAGCUCGAGAACAAGCCCGAGCUCAAGCUCGAGCCCAAGCUGAAUCCCAAGCCCGAGCCCAAGCUGAAUCCCAAGCCCGAGCCCAAGCUGAAGCUCAAGCCCGAGCCCAAGCUGAAUCCCAAGCCCGAGCCCAAGCUGAAGCCUCCCGAGCUCAAGCCGAAUCCCAAGCCCGAGCCCAAGCUGAAGCUGAAGCCCGAGCCCGAGCUGAAUCCCAAGCCCGAGCCCAAGCUGAAGCUGAAGCCCGAGCCCGAGCUGAAUCCCAAGCCCGAGCCCAAGCUGAAGCCGAAGCUCAAGCCCGAUCUGACGCUCAAGCCCGAGCCCAAGCUGAAGCCCAAGCCCAAGCUCAAGCUCAAGCCCGAUCUGAAUCUGAAGCCCGAGCUCAAGCUGAAGCCGCUGCUGCUGCCCGAUCACAAGCUCAAGCCAGUUCAAGUCAAUACCAAUCAGGAAACGUUGCUGGUUACCAAAACGCCGGUGAACAAGCUCGAUCAUCAGGACAAGGUUACUUUGAUACCAACUCACGAAACUCAGGUUACGAUAACUCAUCUUCCGGAGUUCAUGCCUCAGCCAACCAACAACAAAACCAAUUCCAAGCUGGUCCCGGAGGUAUUUCUGGUUCAUCCUCAUCAAGUGGAAACCAAUACGAUGCCAAUAACUCACAAAACUCAGGUUAUGACAACUCAAACUCAGCCCGAGGAGGUUUCAACUACGAUAAUGACCAAAGCCGAUACGCUAACUCAGGCUACAACGCUGGUUACGCCAAUGGAGCUUCAAACAGCGCUUCAGUCAGCUCAAACUAAUCUAAUCGAUUAACCUUAAUUUCAUGGUGAUCUAAUUUUUUUUGACAAAUAUCUUUCCAUGUGAAAAACAAUUAACAUGAUUGGUUGAAUAAACGAAUCACUAAAAAACUCAAA